AUGUCAGCUUUUUACAACUGCUCUUUGGAUAUGAUGGCAAAGAAAGGCGAGUGGCUUUGUCCUCCGGGGGAAGACAAGUGUGCCAAUCUCACCUUCGGCAUGAACGGCAUCCAGCUCGAGGAUGCGUGUCUGACAGAGGAAGAGUACCUGGAGAAAUAUCUGGGGCCUCGCCGAUCAUCUGUGUUCCUGCCCGUGUGCCUCAUCUACCUGGUCAUCUUCAUGGUAGGUGUGCUGGGGAAUGUGCUGACGUGCACCGUCAUCGCGCGCAACAAAGUGAUGUGGACGCCGACAAACUACUACCUGUUCAGCCUGGCGGUGUCAGACCUGCUGGUGCUGCUGCUCGGCAUGCCGUUAGAGCUGUAUGAGCUGUGGCAGAACUACCCAUUCCUCCUGGGGAAGGGCGGCUGCUACUUUAAAACGUUUCUUUUUGAGACAGUCUGCUUGGCGUCUAUCCUCAACGUGACGGCGCUGAGCGUGGAGCGUUACAUCGCCGUGGUGCACCCGCUGCGCGCAAGGUAUGUUGUCACGCGGACCCACGCCAAGCGGGUCAUCCUCACUGUGUGGGGUGUGUCAGUGCUGUGCGCUCUGCCAAACACGAGCCUGCACGGGAUCGACGUCCUUCACAGUCACUCCACCGGCCCUGCCGGGAACAUAAGCGUGGAGAUCCCCGACUCGGCGAUCUGCACGCUGGUGAAACCGCACUGGGUGUACAACCUGACCAUCCAGGUGACCACCUUGUUGUUUUUCGUUCUGCCCAUGCUCACCAUCAGCGCUCUCUACAUGCUCAUCGGGCUACAGCUGAAACGGGAAAAGAUGCAACAGGCGUUAGAGGCGAAGUCGGGCUUCGGACAGGACAGCUUCUGCAACAUCCGAACACAGCAGCAGAAGGCACGCCGUCGACAGGUCACUAAAAUGCUGUUCGUCUUAGUGGUGGUUUUCACAAUCUGCUGGGCCCCGUUUCACACCGACCGCCUCAUGUGGAGUUUCAUCAGCGACUGGACCGACAGCCACCUGGAAAUCUUCCAGUACGUGCACAUCAUCUCCGGAGUGUUUUUCUACCUCAGCUCUGCAGUCAACCCGAUCCUGUACAACCUCAUGUCCACGCGCUUUAGAGAGAUGUUCAAGGAGGUCAUGUGCCAUCGGCCACAUCACAUCACUCCCCGGAAACACUCGCUCAGCGUCACCCGGGUGACGCUCCGCAGCACCCUGAGCGAUGCCCCCCUCAGCAACGGAGCCGCUGUCAUUGAGGCCGAGGCAGAAGACGGGGAGGCGAGGGUGAAAGAUGAGACCAGUUUCACGUGUUAA